CUUCCUCGCGAAAAUAGUGUGCUAGUGGAUCGCUACGAGAAAUCACCGUAGUUUCGUAAAUCUUAUUAGUUUUCACUCAUGGAAAAGAACGUCAAGAUGAAGAAGAAGGUUCUUCUUAUGGGCAAAAGUGGCUCUGGUAAAACAAGCAUGAGGUCGAUUAUUUUCGCAAAUUACAUUGCAAGAGACACAAGAAGACUUGGAGCGACAAUUGACGUUGAGCAUUCCCACGUCCGAUUUCUUGGCAAUUUGGUUCUCAAUCUGUGGGACUGUGGAGGACAAGAGGCAUUUAUGGAGAACUACUUUACAAGUCAAAGAGACAACAUUUUCAGAAAUGUUGAAGUACUUAUCUAUGUGUUUGAUGUGGAGAGUCGAGAACUGGAGAAAGAUAUGCACUAUUACCAGACGUGUCUAGAAGCUAUUCUUCAAAACUCACCAGAUGCCAAGAUAUUCUGUCUUAUUCACAAAAUGGACUUAGUCCAAGAGGAUCAGAGAGACACGAUUUUCAGAGAGCGUGAAGAGGAUCUCAAGAGACUGUCAAAACCACUGGAUUGCACAUGUUUCCGAACAUCUAUUUGGGAUGAAACACUGUACAAGGCUUGGUCAUCGAUUGUGUACCAACUCAUUCCCAAUGUUACACAGCUGGAACAGAAUCUUGAGAACUUUGCAUCCAUCAUUGAUGCAGAUGAAGUCCUUCUGUUUGAGAGAGCCACAUUUCUAGUUAUUUCUUAUUGUCAACGCAAGUCUCAUAAAGAUGUACACAGGUUUGAGAAAAUCAGUAACAUCAUCAAACAGUUUAAAUUAAGUUGUAGUAAACUACAUGCUCAUUUUCAAAGCAUGGAGGUGCGCAAUUCAGCAUUUGCAGCUUAUAUUGAUGUCUUUACCCCAAACACAUACGUCAUGGUUAUCAUGUCAGAUUCUACAAUCCCAUCGGCUGCCACACAGAUUAACAUUCGCAAUGCAAGGAAACACUUUGAGAAGCUUGAAAAGGUUUCAAGUAAUGGUCAGCAUUCUCUAAAAGGAAGAUAAAGGAUGUAGGAUGAUAUCAUUCCUACAAGAACAUUCUCCAUAAUAAUAUUAUUGCUACAUAAAACAGAAAAUAAUGCUAGAAUGGCUAAUGACAUUGUAAAUUAUAGUCUUUCCAUGUUAUUAGGAAUAGCUCUCAGUUUUGUAUGUCAUAUUAUCAUUAUUGCAUUUUGUUGUAAUAAUCAUUAUUUACAGUCAUCAAUACUGGUAGUUUUAUUUAGUAUCUCCUGUUUCUAAAAUUGUACUUUGGGUGGUCAUGUCUCCAAAAAAAUUCACUGAGUCAUGUCCCAUCCACACACAAGUGCUCUGUUUUGUGAUCCCUAGCCAGGUAUGGGACACCUUCCCUAAACAAGGGUAAAUGAAGUUGUGAUUAGCCUAUUAUAAUUCGUUGACUCUGCAUUCACAACAGUCAUACACAAGAACUUGAUAUUCAAUUUAGGCGAGAGAGGCUUGAAUAUUUAGCACUCUCUCAUGUCCUGUCUUCUUUCCUCCCUGAGUCAGUAAGAGGAGUGCUUGUUAUUCAGCCGACACCCAAUUAAGAAACAGAAAUUUUGAACAUCUUGUUUGCAAUAUGCAAUGGAAAUAAAAGCAAGUUUAAUAAGGUUGCUGCAUAUACCUGUGGUGAUCCUGUGCUGUAGGCAAGGGCAUACAAGGCAUACUAUGGAUUUUUAAUACGGCCACUUGAAAUGUUGCAUGAAAACAAUGUUUUGAAAAAAUCCAAAAUUGCAACGUGACUUUAUGAUUAUUAUUUUCUGAGUGGUGCAAACACAUUAGUAAACCUAUCACAGUUUGCAUUCUAAACCUGCUGUGGUAUAAAUUACACAAACUGUACAAUUCUUCUGCUAGCUGAGUGAUUGCUAACCUGGCCAGACCUUUGUCUGAGUUGUUGUCAUGUGUAAAAUAUAUGGGAUAUAUAUGUUGCCUUUGCUGAACACAACGCGAGUAAAAACAUUCAUUAAAGGGAAAGAAAUGUUUACAGAGUCAUUAAAUCGUAACUGAAAUUUUGGGUUUA